ACGGAUAGCGCGUGCUGGGUUUGAAGACGCGCACACCCUACAGCCAACAAGCAGGACAGCUGUUAGCAGUGGUCGUGUAAGAAACACAAGUGGCCGAGAUGGGUCGAUACUCAGCGUCUCUGCUGGUGCUGGCGGUACUCUCCCUGGAGGCAAGCUCAUUCGUCUUUCCUCAGCUUGCGUCUACCGCUGCAGCAGUGUCAAGGAGUCGUGCUCCGCAUGCUUCGCGGUCCUCGUCCAUACCGCACCGAACUGCAGCAGGACGUGGUGUUGUACUUCAAAGCACGACGGAUGAGACUACCGAGACAGCCGAAGAGGUUCGUCUAGAAGACCGCGACGUACCUCAAGCUCACAGGGGGCUGCACGACUUCUUGUAUAGCAACGAGGAGGACCACGGUGCGACAGCAAGUGACGGCUCGGUGGAACUAUUCGACGGGACCCAGCUUUACGAGGUAUCGAAGUGGCUCAAAGAUAACGCUGAGUCUAAGCACGCUGCGGUGUAUGCCGUCGUGGGCAAAGACGAGAAGGUGAACUUCGUAGGCGUCGGCCGGAACGUGGCGCUGUCGUUGGCUGCUCACCUAGCGGCCGAGGGCGAAAGCAUGGUGCACAUGCUCAAGGUGAGAAGUUUCAAGUUUCCAAAGCGCGACAAGAUGGAGGCCCUCAAAGCGCAAUGGAUCGAGGAGUGCGGCUCGACGCCUGUCGGCAACAUCAAGGGUAGCGAGUGGGCAACCGGCUCCAAAGAUGCACAAAACGCGAUGUCUCCGGCUCAAAAGGAGGCGUACGAGGAGAACAAGUUGAAAAUGCGCAAAGCCAUCGCGGACCCGGGGCUGGUUGAAGAGACAGAGCAGAUGAGCUCCGAAGAUAUCGAACGCCGAAAGCGCCUGGAGUCAGCUGUUGAAGAUGAUGAUUGGAGCAGUGUAAUCGACGGGCAAACUAAGCUCACGGAAGAACCUAAGGUUGAAGUGGACGCUCCGACGGCGACCAUCAUCAGUCCUUUCAGCUCGGACGGCAUGCCGGUCGGAGUUGGACCAGAUGGGAUGGCGGCGCCACCGUUGCCACCCGGGAUCGCCGCUCCCGUCCCGGACGCCCCCCCUACGCCUCCGGCCUCCGAGUGCAACGACCUGGAGUUUACGUUGGAGAACGUCGACAAGGUGCUGGACGAGGUCCGGCCGUACUUGAUCGCGGAUGGGGGCAACGUCAGGGUCAUGGGGGUCGACAUUGACCGAAGAGUGGUGAAACUGGCUCUUCAAGGCGCGUGCGGUAGCUGUCCUUCAUCUACGACAACAAUGAAGAUGGGCAUUGAGAGGGUUCUCAAUGAGAAUUUCCUCAACAUGGGCGGGGUGGAGCAAGUUGAUGAGGCUAGCGGAAACGCCAUGGCGGAAGCGACGACUGCCGUGGUAGAAGCCAUUUUAGAGCCCUUGCGGCCCGCGAUGGUCGCUAUGAGGGCCAAAGUCGAGGUACUGAGCGUUCUGGAUGGGCACGUCAAACUCACAUACAGCGGUCACCGGAAAGUGGCUUAUGGGAUCCAGAUGGCUCUCCUGGACAACCCGCUCAUCCAGAGCAUCGAUUUUGAAUAUGUGGAUUGACUUGUCGAUAAAUGUAG